AAAUUGUCUUAUUUUCUCGAAUCUAAGUAACUAACCAUAAAUGUUCAUCAUUGUCAUACACAACAUACGAUAAUAUAGAUAAAGGUUAAAUGUGAUGAGUGAAUCUUUUUUUUUCUUUCAACUUUCCAAUAGGAGCAGCAAGAACAGCUGCGCCAAGAGAACCGUGCAGUGAAAAGAGAGAUGGAAAUGUUAGGCGAAAAACAAAGUGAAGAGCGAAAGAAAUUCCGUGAGCAGAUGGACAGUGAACUGCGGGCUCAACGAGAGCAGAUGAACAACAUGAUGGAAGCAAAUAUGGAACAAGCAAAGCAGGAAAAAGAGCGAUUCAUGCAAGAAAAUGAAGAACUUAAAAACCAGUUCUUGGCCAUGCAAAAAACAAACGAAGAGAACAUGAAGAUGAUAAAAAAGCUGUCCGACUUAGUGUCUAAGCAAGAGGAAGAGAAACGGCGUCUAGAUGAACAGAUGGAGAAAGCGAAACAAGCUGAAAGUAAAAGGCAAGAAUUACUACAGAGGAUGGAGGCUCGGCACAGGGAAGAAAAGGAGAAGCUGCGUCGCGAAAUGGAGACGAAGAUAGAGGCUCAGCGCAAUGCUUUAACAGAAGAAUACCGAAAGGCCGCGGAGUCUAGAAUGGACAUGAUGCAUGGUAUGCAGGAGCAGCUAACGCACGUUGAAAAGCAGUUAGAGGAAGUUAAGAAACCAGGGUUUAUGAAAAGGGCUAUUACAAAAGUAAAAGAGUUUGGUGGUGCUGUUGUUGACAAAGUCAAAGAAAACUGCUCUGUAAUGUAACAAACCAAGACGAGUCCGGUGCCAUUUGAGAACAAUAAAAAAUUGCUUGUUAAGUUUUUGAUACUCAGAAGCCUGUAAAGGAUGCAAUUAAUUGUAAUGCAAUCUUUGCAUAACAUUGUUAAUAGUUUUCAUUUAGCUCUUGUGAACCGAGCAGGAGGUCUGUAUGAGAGAAUCUUG